CCUCACCCUCACUCUUUCACUCAUUCUCUCGCUCUCUACUCUCCUCUCUUUUCCUCUCUUAUUUCUAUUGUUUCUAUUUGACGCUUUCUAUUGCGAGCCAGUGAAAUGUCAUUCGCCAAACGACCCUCCCUACGAUUCCUCCGCCCACGCCGAUUCUACUCCGAUAAGAAAACACCGUCCCAGAAUAAUGCGCCAUCGCCGACACACCCCGUGAAAACCGUGUCCAACCCGGCGAAACGCUCCCUCCUCCAGAUCAUCGACUCCAGUCCGCUCGGCCGGCUAGGCCGCUCCUUCGCCAACGUCCAACGCCGGAGACCAUACACGACGCAGCUGUCCAGUUCGUUCGUCAUCUUCCUCUUUGGCGAUCUGAGUGCGCAGCUCUUUUUCCCUCAGCCGGCGGACAGCAACAGUGAGGAGGGAGAGUUUGCGCCCUACGAUCCCUGGCGGACGGGGAGACAUUUGGUUAUCGGUGUGGUAUCGAGUAUUCCACAAUACAAAUGGUUCAUGUUUCUUCACCGCAAUUUCAACUAUACCUCCAAGUUCCGCUCCAUUCUUACAAAAGUGGCCGUCCAACAAGCCGUCUUCACCCCGGUCUUCAACACGUACUUUUUCGGCAUGCAGUCUCUGCUCGCGGGGGGCACCAUACCUGAAACUAUCGAACGGCUGAAAAAGGCUCUCCCCGUUAGCAUCUCGAAUAGCGUCAAGCUGUGGCCUAUCGUUACGGCGUUCAGCUUCAUGUACGUCCCGCCAGAGUUCCGGAGUGUGUUUUCGGGGAUCGUCGCGGUCGGCUGGCAGACUUAUUUGUCGUGGUUGAAUCAGAAGGCGGCCCAGGAGGUUCUCGCGAUGGAGCUUGCUGCGGCUGCGGCUGCGGCUGCAUAGUUUUGAUGGGUUAAUGCGUACCUGGUUUACUUCAUGGUGUUUAUUCAUAGACUGUGCUUUUGAUGUAUAUAUUAGAGUUGAUACCUUGUAUAUAGAUUUCGGUCUGACA